AUGAGUAGUAGUGGCUCGAAGGAUUUCCCGCCAGAGUCACUCUUCCUUAAUUUAGCAUACAAAUCGAUGCGGUGGAGUAUUACCAUGGCUCUCAUUUCCCGCCAAAACAAUUGA